CCAGUGUUCUUGCCUGGAGAAUCCCAGGGAUGGGGGAGCCUGGUGGGCUGCCGUCUAUGGGGUCGCACAGAGUCGGACACGACUGAAGCGACUUAGCAGCAGCAGCAACAGUACACAUUUGGAUAUGUGUUAUGUAUUUGAGCAUAUCUGUACAUAUUUGGGUAUGUGUGUAUAUAUUUGGACAUGUGUGUAUGUAUCUGUAUAUAUAUGUACAUAUUUGAACACGUCCGUACAUAUUUGGAUAUAUACUUAAGAGGACCCAGGAUGAUGUAAAUACUUCCAUAAUAUUAGAGAACUCCCAAAGUACAGAAACUUGCCCAGGGGAGAAUCUCAACUUAUAUUUCUAAACUGGGGAGCCUAACCCCACCUUUGACUGAUUUCUGUGGGUUCACAAGAAGGGUGACCGAGAUGACAGGCCCUCUCCCUGCCUCCACGCGCCCCGCCUCCAGCCCAGACGUUAUUCAAGCCUCACUGAUGCCUCUGGCUCAACAGCCGUCACACACACGUCGCCCUGCAAUCCAGAGCCGUCGGCGCUCAGGCCAGCUCGGGCCUCCCGGGUGCUCAGGGAGACUAUCAUCUCUGCAUGCAGGUGAACCACCCACCAACAGAGGCCCCAGCAGCUCGCCUGGACCCCAAGAAACCACCCCUCCCUCAUCUGCGCAUCCUCGCCGGACCCACCCUGCGGUAGAGGCGCCCCGAAAGGAAAUGUUUGCCCAGGGAAGCGGUGUGGGCUGGAGAUACAGAAUCGAGUAUAUAACACUGAAACAAGGGAAGUGGAUUAGGUCACCCCGGGAGAAGAAAAGAGGACCUGGGAUGGAACAAGAAAACAUUGCUGUGACAUGUCAGAGAAAGUUUGGCCCGUGUUCUCUUCUAGGAGCUUUAUGGUGUCGGGUCUUACGUGCAGAAGAUGGGAGACAAGUAUAUGAACUUUGCCUGGAAAUGCGUGAAUUAUGUCCUCAGUGUGAGGGUGGUGAAGACGCAGAAUGAACAUCGCCACGCAGAGGGUAAACUCCAGGACACGCACUGCACAUUGCCUUUCCCUUGUGUGUGCCCAAACCAGCAGAGGGUGUGUUGGUGCUCCAAUAAAGGAAAUUGAAUGAAA